CCCUCGACACCCCUCUGUCUCACCCACCGCCGCCAAAAGCAAAUUCAACCCCGGCUGCACGCGUGCUCUCCAACUGAACACCCCUCUUUGAGUCCACCACCCGCCCUCCUGCAGUCAUGGAUAUCAACCAGGUGUUGGAGGGGACCCUCUCUGCUGACGCCAGCAUCCGCCAGAGCGCCGAGCAGCAGCUCACCCAGGCCGCCGAAGCCGACUUCCCCCAAUACCUCACCAUCCUCAGCAACGAGCUCGCCAACGAGCAGUCGCAGCCUCACAUCCGAACCGCCGCCGGUCUAGCGCUCAAGAACGCCUUCACCGCACGCGAGUAUGCCCGGUUACGUCAGGUCCAGGAGCGUUGGCUCAGUCUGAAUCCCGAGAUUAAGCAGACGGUCAAGCAGCUUGCGCUGCGCACGCUCUCGACUCCAGACGCCCGCGCGGGGCAGGCCGCCGCCCAAUUCAUAGCUUCCAUCGCCGCCGUCGACAUACCCCACAACCAAUGGCCGGAGCUUAUGCCCACCCUGGUCGAGAACGUCGGACAGGGCGCAGACCACCAGAAGCAGGCGUCGCUGACUACAAUCGGCUUCAUUUGCGACACCGACGACCUAGAUCUGCGCGAAGCACUGCAGCAUCACUCCAAUGCCAUCCUCACCGCCGUCGUCCAGGGCGCCCGCAAGGAGGAAGCGAACAAUGACGUGCGGAAUGCCGCCAUCUCCGCCCUCGGCGACUCGAUAGAAUUUGUGCGGUCCAACUUUGACAAUGAGGGCGAGCGCAAUUACAUCAUGCAGGUCAUUUGCGAGGCCACGCAGGCAGAUGAUAGCCGCAUCCAGCAGGGCGCCUAUGGCUGUCUGAACCGCAUCAUGGGCCUGUACUAUGACAAGAUGCGCUUCUACAUGGAGAAGGCCCUCUUUGGCCUUACUAUCCAAGGCAUGAAGAGCGACGAAGAGGAUGUUGCCAAGCUCGCUGUUGAGUUCUGGUGCACCGUCUGCGAGGAGGAAAUCUCCAUCGAAGACGACAAUACUCAGGCCCAAUCCGAGGGCUCAACCGAAUUGAGGGACUACUUCAAUUUCGCGCGGGUGGCCACUCAGGAGGUUGUCCCGGUCCUGCUUGAGCUGCUCGCCAAGCAGGACGAGGACGCUGAUGAUACGGAAUACAACAUCUCGCGGGCUGCUUACCAAUGUCUUCAGCUCUGGGCGCAGUGCGUAGGCAGCGGCGUCGUGCCGCCCGUCCUUGCCUUCGUGGAGAAGAACCUCCGCUCAGAAGACUGGCAUUACCGCGAUGCUGCCGUCUCAGCUUUCGGCGCCAUUAUGGAGGGCCCAGAGGAGAACAUUCUGGACCCGCUGGUUAAGCAAGCGCUUCCAGUGCUGAUUGCCAUGAUGGACGACCAGGUAAUACACGUCAAGGAUUCCGCAGCUUACGCUCUAGGUCGCAUCUGCGAAGCUGCGCCGAACGCAGUCGAUGCUCAACAGCAUCUCCCGUCUCUCAUUGGUGCGCUGUUCAACGGCUUGUCAAGUCAUUCGAAGAUGGCGUCGUCGUGCUGCUGGGCGUUGAUGAACCUCGCCGACCGGUUCGCCGGAGAGCCAGGGUGCCAGACCAAUCCACUGUCACCACACUUCCAGCAGAGCAUUCAGCACAUUCUACAGGUCACUGAGCGGGGUGAUGCCGAUAACCAGCUGCGAACUGCUGCAUACGAGGUGCUGAACUCCUUCGUCACAAACGCCGCUGGUGACAGCGUCGGCCUUGUCGCGACCUUGUCGAACGUCAUUCUCGAGCGCUUGGAGAAGUCGAUUCAGCUGCAGUCACAGGUCGUCAGCGUUGAAGACAAGUUGACGCUUGAAGAGAUGCAGACGAGCUUAGCUAGUGUCGUCAUGGCAAUUGUGCAACGUCUGGAGGGCGACAUCAAGCCGCAGGCGGACCGCAUCAUGCAAAUUCUUCUCACUCUACUAUCCAGCCUUCCGCCUAAGUCGAGCGUUCCGGAUGCCGUAUUUGCCGCAAUUGGAUCGAUCGCGACAGCGCUGGAAGAAGAUUUCGGAAAGUACAUGGAAGCCUUCUCAAAGUUCCUCUACAAUGCGCUCGGUAAUCAGGAAGAACCUGCUUUGUGCUCCAUGGCAAUCGGUUUGGUUAGCGACAUCACGCGAGCGCUCGGCGAGAAGGUUCAACCCUACUGCGACGCUUUCAUGAACUAUCUCCUCAACAACCUUCGGAGCAAUUCGCUCGGAAAUCAGUUCAAGCCUGCGAUUUUGCAAUGCUUUGGCGACAUUGCCCAGGCGAUCCUCGGCGCAUUCGAGACGUACCUUGCCGUCGUCGCUCAGGUGCUACAACAGGCAUCACAAGUGUCUAUGACCACUGAGGGCAACUAUGAAAUGAUCGACUACAUCACGUCGCUGCGGGAAGGCAUUAUGGAUGCUUGGGAUGGAAUUAUCAUUGCCAUGAAGUCGAGCAACAAAACUGGUCUCCUCGUUCAGUAUCUGGACUCAAUUUUUGAGCUCCUGCGCAUCGUUCAGAUGGACACCAACCGCACGGAAGCUCUCCUGCGAUCGUCCUGUGGCGUCAUUGGCGAUCUUGCUGAAGCUUUCCCGAACGGGGACAUCCGGGAAUACUUCCGACACGAUUUCUUAACCACGAUGACGAGGGAAACCCGUGCCAACCCAGACUUCAGUGGCCGAACGCGGGAUACGGCUCGGUGGGCACGCGAGCAGAUCAAGCGCCAAAUCGGUACGUCGCUCCUAGGACCUUUCCUUACCUCUCGCCCCGCCAUGCCCUCGUUCUACCAGCAACCGCAAUAUCCCCAGCAUAUUUUAUAUCACUGAUCACCGCCCUAGGUGGCAAUCAAGGCGUCAUGGCCUGAAGGCUCUCACGCUGCCCUUUCCCCCAUAGUGCCGUGUCGGUCCUAUGCCCGUGAGUUUUGGUUGAGCUGGAUACCCAUUUUGGGACUCCUAUCUGGCAUUUGACUAAACUCCUGGUACUUAGGGUCCGAAUUGUCGGUUCUA